AUGGUCGCGGAGCAAGAAGAAAAUAAUAGUAACAUAGCUUCUGCUAAUCUGGAACCAGUUCCAAAUACUUUCGAAGUGCGACAAGACAUAUCACCUGCAAUCGCUGAGCCAAAUAGCUCUGUUGAGCGAAUAGUUUUAAACGCAAGUCCUGAGAUGAUUACAAGAAGGCCUAAAAAAUUAUUUGCUACUGCUUCAGCAGCAGUAAUUAAUAAAAUGUCAGAACAAUUCUCUCCAAGAAGCGAUUUGCCAGAUCUCACUCCAACACGUAUUUUAAAGCAAAUGUCGCCAUUUCCACAAAAAAUUAUUGAAGUACGCAAACGUGCUUAA